AUGUAUAGUAGAAAACUGGAAUAUAACGUGAUUAGUUCUGGAAAAGUUAUGUCCGCUUCAAACACACCUAAUCGUCCUCGUCAAUUACAAAAAUUAAGCCGUGGCUAUGAGUCAAGUGAAGGUGGCUCGCCAAGCCCAGGACGUUUUCGUCCAAAACGUAAUUGCUACGAACAGGAAGGCUCUUCUAGAGCACCGUGUCAAGAAAAACCAUCGUAUUAUAAUAAUUCAUAUAAAUACCGACGAAAUAGAAAUCCAUCCAAUAAAAAUCACAAUCAUUGUUAUUCGGCUUCGCCAUCAUAUUCUGAUGACAAUGCGUGUGAUCAGUUUUAUGAUGAAAAUGAACGAGAUAAUCCAUCGAGGUCACCAUCACGACAAUAUACAUCAGGAUAUCAAUCACCUCGUUUAAAUCCAAAAGAAUCUGUUGAUCAAAAUAUUACGUCACCAAAAGUACGAAUCAGUUAUGAAGAAGAGAAGAUUCAACUAGCAAAAUCGUUGUCACACAAUUGGUGUGAUAAAAUUGAUCUGGAAGAGGAAGAAACAAAAAAAUUAUACAGUUUUGUGCUAUAUUUGAAAAAUUUUAAUUUGUAUAAAGAUAAAACAAAUGAAGAAAUUUUAUCAGUUAUUGAAUGUUGUCCCAAAGAAUUAUGCCGACGGCAAAAAGAUAUCAGCAAAGGAAAAUUAACAAAAUCUUAUGAAAUAUAUGCUAAAUCAGUCCUUAGAAAGAAUCGUGAACCAGAUCAUCCAAAAACACCGUGCAAAUAUAAAAAAUGUAGUCGAAGAGCAUUCGAUGGUAUGAUUAAAAUUUGGCGGCGUCGAUUACAUAUGUUUGAUAAGAAUGAUGGAAUUAUUGAAGAAACAAAGCCGAAAUUAGACAAUAUUCAAAAAGAUGAUUUGUCAUCGUCUGUGAGUACGGAUCCACUCAGUUCACAAAGUAGUAAUGAUUGGUCAUCACAAUCGUCAUCUUCUCUUAGUACAACAGAUGAUAUAUUAGUUAAUGAUGAAAAUUUUCUUCCUGAUUUAUAUGAUUUUGAAGAAUCAUUGAUACCUGACAAUGAAACAGCACUAUCAUCUUCAAUAAACGAUGAAAAAGAUGGCGAUUUAGUGUUUGGUGCUGUUACUAAUUUAGAGACUGAUUCAAUGGAUACGUUGAUCAAUAGUGAUUCACGUCAAUCUAAGUGUGCAAAUCCUGAAGAUGUUCCACCUGUCAUUGCAACACCUCAUCAUUAUUUAAUUAACAUUUAUCGAAAUAGUCUAUAUUUUGUUGCUGUUCUGACAACGGAAGUUCCACCAUUAUUUGUCAUUGAAUUUUUACAUCGGAUUAUGGAUGUUUUUGAAGAUUAUUUUGGUGAAUGUACAGAAACAGCAUUAAAAGACAAUUAUGUGAUUGUUUAUGAGUUAUUAGACGAGAUGCUCGAUAGCGGUUACCCAUUAGCGACAGAAUCAAACAUUCUCAAAGAACUUAUCAAACCACCAAACAUCUUUCGUAAAGUGGCCAAUCUGGUUACUGGCGAUAAUACAAAUAUUAGCGCAACAUUGCCGUCUAGUCAAUUAUCAAAUGUUCCAUGGCGUCGCAUGGGUUUAAAAUAUACGAACAAUGAAGCUUAUUUUGACUUAAUUGAAGAAAUAGACGCGAUUAUAGAUAAAAACGGGACAACAGUGAUGUGUGAAAUUCAAGGCUAUAUUGAUUGCUGUGUAAAAUUAUCUGGUAUGCCUGAUUUAACAUUAUCAUUUGUUAAUCCACGUUUGUUAGAUGAUGUUAGUUUUCAUCCAUGUGUCAGAUUUAAAAAAUGGGAGAGUGAUCGUGUACUCUCGUUUAUACCUCCUGAUGGAAAUUUUCGCUUGAUUUCUUAUCAUAUUGGAGCACAAAAGUAUGUAUUUUCUUCUCAACCGCGUGGUUUUAAUAAUGGAAAUAAAUAUUUACAGUUAUACUUUUGUUUAAGUGCAAUUUCUAUUCCAAUCUAUGUAAAACAUAAUAUUCAAUUUCGUGAUGGUAGUGGUGGAAGAUUUGAAUUAACUGUUGGUCCUAAACAAACAAUGGGAAAACCAUUAGAAUCCGUUGUGGUUGAAAGUGUAAUGUCAAAAGUUGUUCUCAAUUGUACGUUAACACCAUCGCAAGGCAAAUAUACAUUUGAUCCAGUGAAAAAGAUUCUUUUAUGGGAUGUAGGAAAAAUUGAUAGUUCAAAUCCAUCAAAUCGUUUGCCAACAUUGAAAGGAAACAUUGUGUUACAAAGUGGACAACCUAUGCCGGAAUCAAAUCCAGUAUUAAAUAUACGUUUUACAUUGAAUCAAACAGCUAUAAGUGGAAUAAGAGUGAAUCGUGUAGACAUGUAUGGAGAAAAAUAUAAACCCUUUAAAGGUGUUAAAUAUGUCACGAAAGCUGGCAGAUUUCAAGUACGAACAUAA